GCAAAAGUAUUUAAAUAUACACAUAUAGUGGAGCAAAUUGUGAACUAGGGCCCAACUGAUUAUCUAGGAUUAGCCUACUGCAUCCUGUGUCUAAUCCAAACCACGGCACAGAAAACCCAGCAACAGCACUGAAGAAAGCACCGAACUUUCAUAGGACUUAAUUUCUGAUGGUGCCAAAACAGCACACAGACCAUUUACUGUUAUGUUUUAUGCACAUCUGAGUUCAGCUAUGCUCUAAUUUUGGAAGUCGCUCGUGGACAUGGCUAACAUAUACACAUUAAGAGCAUUUUUUUGUGGUCAGUGGUCUUCCUCAGCAAGACUUGAUGGCAAAACAGUGAUCAUCACAGGUGCCAACACAGGGAUUGGCAAAGAAACAACCAGGGACCUCGCCAAAAGAGGUGCAAGGAUUAUCAUGGCAUGUAGAGAUGUUGCAAAAGCUGAGACCACCCUGAAAGAGAUCACAGAGGAAUCAGGAAAUCAAAAUGUUGUGAUCAGAAAACUAGAUCUGUCUGACACAAAGUCCAUCAAAGAAUUUGCAGAGGUAAUCAACAGAGACGAGAGGCAAGUGAACAUUCUCAUCAACAAUGCUGGAAUCAUGAUGUGCCCUUAUUCAAAGACAGCAGAUGGAUUUGAGAUGCAAUUUGGUGUAAACCAUUUGGGUCAUUUCUUGCUGACCUUCCUAUUGCUGGACUUAAUGAAAAGGUCUGCUCCUGCAAGGAUCAUCAAUAUCUCCUCAAUGGCACACAGUUGGGGGUCCAUCCAGCUGGAUGACAUUAACAGUGAGAGGCACUACCACAGCAGACGAGCAUACGGACAGAGCAAACUGGCAAACAUACUCAGCACCCACUCCCUGGCAAAGAGGCUCAAGGAUACAGGAGUAAAUGUGUAUGUCAUCCACCCGGGAGUGGUGCGCACAGAGCUGAAGAGACACAUGAACAUCCCCCUGCUGGUGAUGUGGAAGAUUGUCAGGCCUUUCACCAAGACCAAGGUGCAGGGAGCUCAGACAUCCAUCUACUGUGCUGUGGAACCAGAGCUGGACACAGAAAGUGGUGGAUAUUACAGCAACUGUGGCCCUGCAGGCUGUUCCAGGGCAGCGAGAGACGAUGACAUGGCAGAGAAACUGUGGGAACUCAGCUGCCAGAUGUUGGGAAUUAUCUGGGAAUAGCGCACUGAUUUUAUGGAAAGCAUGCCUAAAGUAUAGAAUUUCAAUUAGGUGUGAAAUCAACAUGUUAUGAGAGGGGCGAUUAAAAUGCUGUGAUCCUACCACCUCCACAACUACUUACAUAUCUGUGGCGCUCGCACACUUUGGGUGUACCACCCACACUCUGUGAUUCUGUUUUUAAUCUCAAGGACAAAUAUGGGGAUGAGGACAAACUACAGUGAUGUAGUGAUGUAGACAAGAAGGAGAAAUAUGUCCUUAGUGACUCUUGGAUGCAUUCAUUACACACUGACACACUACAGAAUUCACCCACCUAGAUUGCUACUGCUGACUAUGUUGUUGCUCCCAUUAAUUUGUGCCAAUUUUUUCAGUUCUGUGUUGUGCAUUUUUGCUGAUUUGGUGUUAUUUUCUGAAGUGUAAUUCAAUUAAAUUCAAAAUCAUAUCUA